AUGGGGAGGUUUAUGAGUAAAGUCGUUUGGCUGUCUGAAAUCGGAGUUCGACACAGAAACUUAUGGAACUACCUAACGUGGGUUUUAGUCAAUGGGCCUGUAGGCGUAAUCAACUUCAUAAUUAAUGCAUUUUCCAUCUUCUGCAUCGUGUGUCCUCUCCACGGAGAAAGGAUCAAGCAACCUCUAAAGUUACUUCUGGGCUCCUUGGUUGUCAGCACCAUUGUUUAUUUCUUAACAGUUUUUAGAAUGUUUUUUUCUGAGAAAACUGCUGACGGGAUCGCUGAAAUAUAUCUUGUGAUCACACUUGGCUGUUUGUCCAGCAGCUUUGCUUCCUCUGUCUGGCUGAACUUCUUCUAUUACACUCAGUUUGUUCCUGCACAGAGAGCCAUCUUCAUCUGGAUUAAGAAGAACAUCAAACCAAUCAUCUUCUUCAUUUUGCUUUUAGAAAACAUUUACAGUUUACUGGAUUUAGUCUUGGUUAUUAUGGCUCCCUAUUCUACUGGAUCUGAACUUAACAUGACUUCUGCGGUGGAACAGGCAUCCAUCUCCAAACCGGUGGAAGAGUUGCUGAACCAGACUGUGAACAUAUAUGCUAUUAUGGUUAUCAUAAAAAAGGGUCAUUUUUAUCUCUUGUUUGUUGUUAUGAUGACAUCUAGUCAUCAUAGAUCCAAGAUCACUGUAGUCUAUCUUGGAAUGCACAUUCGGCGUAUGGUUAUAAAUGGACAGUCCCUUUCCAGUGCUCGGCUCAGUAGCCAGUUGAGAGCCACUAUCACUGGCAUCAUUCAGGGUCUCCUGUAUUUUUCCUUUGCUGUCUGGCAUGAGUACGUGUUUACUUCUCAGCAAAAUCUGUCUGCUUUCAUAAGUCGUUAUGUACGAUCAACAGCGGUCAGUUUCUACAUGUUGGGCACCACGUUUAACCUGGGAGCUGGUCAGUCUGUGUUCAGGCAGAGAGCAGCAGAUAUGUGGAACAGAGCAGGUUGGUGGUUUAGGAGCUGGCAGCAGAAAUAAAACAUGUGACCUGCAGAAAAAUUGUAUAU